AUGUUUGUUGGUACCAACAGACUGUUGUUCCUUCUUUUCCAACUCCCACCUACGGAAACUUGGAAUGUUCACACACCAAAGAAAAUGGACGAAAUCAGAUCCGUGCCAGAUCAGACCCAGCAUGGUGUUACUACUUCGGAAGAGAAGAAGACUCAUAAUGGGGAGUCUUUGAAACAACCAACUCAGCCAGAUAUAGAACAAGACUCUGCCGAAGCCGAACUCGAAGACCAGUCUCAACGCCUACCAUUCUUUCGACUCUUACUGGCCUAUCUCUGUCUUUGUCUCUGCUACUUGAUAUCUUACCUAGAUAUGAACUCUGUUGCGACUUCAUUACCGACAAUUUCCGAAGCUCUUGAUGCCGGUCCGACAGUUACUUGGGUUGGAACAUCGUACCUGUUAGGUCAGCUCUCGUUUCAACCGCUCUAUGGUAGAACCUCAGACAUCACCGGAAGAAAACCUGUGUUGCUAUUCUCAAUGGGCUGUAUUGUCUCCGGCGGUGUUUUCGGUAUAGGUGGCGGCGGAAUAAGCUCCUCAGUCGCUACCAUUGUGAGCGAUUUGGUCAGUCUGAGAUCGAGAGGCAAGUAUCAAGGCUUCAUCAGCCUUACUAUCGGCACUGGAGCUGCGUCUGGCCCAUUCGUUGCGGCAGGGCUGAUUCAGAUGACUACUGAUGGAUGGAGGUGGGCAUUCUGGGUCCCCGCCAUCAUGGGUGCUGUGUGCUUCGUUUUGCUCUUAUUUCUCCUACCACUGAAGCCCGUGUCGGGAAGUCUAAAAGAAAAGGUCGGAAAGAUAGACUGGUGGGGUGUGCUGGCUUCCAUCUCUGGAAUUAUGUCCAUCAGCUCAGGAGGAAGCAUGUGGGCAUGGAAGAACGUCAAGACCAUCUCCAUGCUGACAAUUGGAAUCGUUAUGCUUCUUGUGUUCAUCAUCAUAGAAGCCUUUUUUGCUAAGAUUCCGAUCAUUCCUUUACGACUCUUCAAACAGAGGUCUCCAUCAGUACUCAUCCUCACAGGCUUCUUUCACGAUUUCGCAUGGCAGUCAACUCAAUACUUCAUUCCGCUAUACUACCAGACUGUUUGUGGUUUCACGCCAUUGAAAAGCGCCACGUUAAUUGUGCCAUUCUUGCUUGCCCAAGGAAUAGCUGGCGCCGCUUCGGGGCUUCUGAUGGCUAGAUAUGCCAGGUAUAUGCCUAUUCUCCGAGCUGGAUUCACAGUUUGGACUCUUGGCGCUGGUCUCAAACUUCUCUUCAAUCGAAAUACGCAUAUCGCACUCUACGUUGUAGUCCUGGCUGUCGAAGGAGCAGGAAUUGGAUGGGUUCACCAACCAGGACUUGUUGCUCUUCAAGCCAACUCGGCAGACGAAGACCGUGCCGUGGCAACGGGAACCCGAAAUGUCUUCCGCUCAUUGGGCGGAGUCAUCGGAAUAGCAGUCUCCACAGCUGUACACUACGCUGUUCUAGACAAAGCUUUACAGACUGACAAUGCCAUUCCAAACUGGCUCCGAGGCAGUGUUCUCGAUGGUACAUGGUCAAUUGAGGAUCCACAGACUGAACAGUAUAGACUAGUUUCUUGGUUGACGAUAUCGUCCUCAAACAUGACCUUGAUCGGAGUGGCGGUCAAGGUGCAGCGAUGA